CAACUCCACGUGAGUGUUAAUCCUCUCUUGGUCAGCCCUGUUGCAUUCUGCUAACUGGGGACACCACCACUCCACAACAAAACCCAACAGAUUUUAGUUUGACGAAGCAUUUUGCAAUACCGACUCUCUAACUCUUAUCUCUUUUAUUUUUUUAUUGCCUCUCUGUGUAAUUUUCCUUCCCACACUGUUAGUGGGAAGACCGUUUACUUAAAUUAAGGGCCAUUUUAGUUUUGGUCUUUUUUUAAACACCUCGGAAAAUGGGGAUUGACUCUGGAGUCAAUGUUUCAGAUGAUGUUGCACUUUACGGGGGAAAAAGUGCCUUUACCCAACUGGAGCACAACAUAGUGGCUGGAUAUCUUAUCACUGCAGGUGUCAUAAGUUUAUUAAGCAACAUUGUUGUGCUGCUCAUGUUUGUGAAGUUUAAGGAGCUGCGCACUGCCACCAACUUUAUUAUAAUCAAUCUUGCUUUUACUGACAUUGGUGUGGCUGGUAUCGGCUAUCCCAUGUCAGCUGCCUCAGACAUCCACGGCAGCUGGAAAUUUGGCUACGCUGGUUGUCAGAUCUAUGCAGCUCUCAACAUCUUCUUCGGCAUGGCCAGCAUCGGCCUGCUGACGGUGGUGGCCAUCGACCGAUACCUCACCAUCUGCAGACCAGACAUAGGGCAGAAAAUGACGAUGCGAUCAUACAACCUUCUUAUCCUGGCAGCAUGGCUGAAUGCUGUGUUCUGGUCCUCCAUGCCCGUGGUGGGCUGGGCUGGUUAUGCCCCCGAUCCCACCGGAGCUACAUGCACCAUCAACUGGAGACAGAAUGACGCCUCCUUCAUCUCUUACACUAUGGCUGUGAUCGCUGUGAACUUUGUGUUGCCUGUUUCCACCAUGUUUUACUGCUACUACAACGUGUCGGCCACUGUGAGGAGAUACAAAGCCAGCAACUGCCUGGACAUCAUCAACGUCGACUGGUCAGAUCAGAUGGAUGUCACCAAGAUGUCCAUGGUGAUGAUUGUCAUGUUCCUGGUGGCCUGGUCUCCGUACUCCGUGGUGUGUCUCUGGGCCUCCUUUGGUGACCCAAAGACCAUCGCUGCCCCCAUGGCUAUCAUCGCUCCACUCUUUGCCAAGUCCUCCACCUUUUACAACCCCUGCAUUUAUGUCAUUGCCAACAAAAAGUUCAGAAGAGCCAUCAUAGGUAUGGUUCGAUGUCAAACCAGGCAAAGAAUCACCAUCAAUACCCAGGUUCCCAUGACAACCUCCCAACAACCCUUGACCCAGUGAGAAGCAUCCCCUUUGCUUGGAAAAGGCCAAAGAGGGAGGAAUCGUCUCACACUGGGUGUAGACCGAAGGCCAAAGACCCCGACCGGGAGGAAUCUUUUGUUGAGUUUGACCCUAUCCCGCUUUACCCUACCCUGUUUAUUAAAGGACACUUUUUGUUAUAUGGUUACUGUCUCCGAGUCUCCUGUUUUAUCUCUGAAUCUUGCCUCCACGUCCCCCGGGUUGCCACAACACCUAAGCCAACUAACUGUACAAUCACCAGACUUUUACAUCAUUCUGUAACUUCCCAGUGAUGUUCUCGAUGUAUUCAAAUUCAAACAAUCCCAAAGUACUUACGUUCCCAUGAUGUUCUGCAUGAGGAAGCUGCUACUUAUACAGUAUAUAAACAUUCCUAUAGUCAGUGUAUUACCUACAGUCACUUAUAUGAUGGCCGGCAUGCUCUCAGUUUGGAGAAGCAGACCGGAGCACUGGCGCAAAAGCUAAGUAAUGUACUGCUGUAGUUUGGAUCAGCAAGUCACUCAAAAACACAAACAAACUUAUCGAUUACAAAACAUCGUUCUGCUGCUCCCGUCCACAGACACUUUACAGACCUCUAUAACCGGGAACUGAAGCAGUUUUAGUGCUCUCUUCAAAACCACAAGACUCCAUUGACAAAAACAGUCA